AUGGAGGCUAGAGCUGUGAUUCAAUACUUAACCAGAAUCAGGCUGCGUUCAACUAGUUCAAUGUUGGUUGAUGAGCAAAUGGUGCCUGAAAAUAGUGUCCAACAAAUUGAGUUACUCACUACUAUUGAUGAUGACUAUGGAGGAGUUCACGUAGAAAUAAAGAAUCCUAUGGAUUCUAAUGUCUUUGGCAAUUUUCUUAGAGCUUCAAUAUUGCAAUGGAGGCAAAAGGGGACAAAGGGUGUGUGGAUUAAACUGCCUAUUGAACAUGCAAAUCUUAUUGAAGCUGCAGUUAAGGAAGGCUUUUGGUACCAUCAUGCUCAACCAGACUACUUGAUGCUUGUACAUUGGAUUCCCAAGACUGCUCAUACUCUUCCUGCAAACGCCUCACAUCGAGUGGGCAUUGGUGCCUUUGUUGUUAAUAGUAAAAGAGAGGUUCUCGUCGUUCAGGAAAAUAGUGGCAUAUUCAAGGGUACAGGUGUGUGGAAGCUCCCUACUGGGGUUGUCAAUGAGGGUGAGGAUAUCUGUACAGCUGCAAUUAGAGAAGUUGAGGAAGAGACUGGGGUAAGUGAUAAAUCUGCGGAUGGCACACUCACAUAAGU